GUGUGGAAUUAAUCAUUUUUCAGGUCGCGUUUUCUUUGCGCAACUGUAGUCAUUACUGCUCUUUUCGUGGGCUCUAGCAUCAGUCGUCACACAUUGUGGUCAAACUAGAACAGGAUUUACAUCUCUAACGUGCUAAUUUCUACAUAGGGUUCGGUUAACUUAAACAUGACUGGGAAAAUAGCAUCUUUGAUUCUAGAGGACGGGACAACAUUUAAAGGCCGACUUUUCGGGGCGACUGCAUCAGUAUCUGGCGAAGUUGUUUUUCAGACUGGAAUGGUGGGGUAUCCAGAGGCUCUGACUGAUCCUUCUUAUAAAGCACAGAUACUGACUUUAACUUACCCACUGAUUGGGAACUAUGGUGUGCCCAAUGAUGAGGUUGGCGAAUUUGGACUCAGCAGGUGGUUUGAAUCUUCAAGGAUCUAUGCUGUUGCUCUCAUUGUUGGGGAGCUUUCUCAGAAUCCUAGCCACUGGAACUCGACCAAGUCUCUGGAUCAGUGGCUUAAAGAACAAGGUGUCCCUGGACUACAGGGGGUGGACACACGUUCCUUAACCAAGAAGAUCAGGGAAAAGGGAAGCAUGCUGGGGAAGCUUGUGGUAGAAGAAACCCCAGCAGACAGUAUACAUUUUGACAAUCCUGACAGUAGGAACUUGGUGAAAGAAGUGUCCCUCAAAGAGCCCACGAUCUUUAAUACAAGUGGUAGUUUGAGAAUCCUUGCAGUGGAUUGUGGGAUAAAGUACAAUCAAAUUCGCUGUUUGUGCCAAAGAGGUGCACAGGUUACUUUGGUGCCUUGGAAUCAUCCUCUGAACCUUGGUGAAUUUGAUGGGCUGUUUAUCAGUAAUGGUCCUGGUGAUCCUUACCAUUGCAAGGAGACUAUAGAAAAUCUAAGAAAGGUUGUGUGUGUGGAGAACCCCAAACCAGUGUUUGGAAUUUGUCUGGGCCAUCAGUUGCUGUCUCUUGUCAUUGGGGCAAGAACAUACAAAAUGAAGUAUGGUAAUCGUGGCCACAACCAGCCUUGCAUCCAUAAUGAUACAGACCGUUGUUUCAUCACCUCUCAGAACCAUGGUUUUGCAGUGGACCCCAAGACCCUACCAGAUAACUGGGAUGUUUUAUUUACCAAUGCCAAUGACCACACUAACGAGGGCAUUGUGCACAAUUAUAAACCUUUUUUCAGUGUACAGUUCCAUCCUGAGCACAUGGCUGGGCCCACUGAUAUGGUCACCCUUUUUGAUGUCUUUCUGGACUCUGUCAGAUAUGCUAAAGAUGGCAAAGUUGACAAGACAGUGAAAGAAAGGCUAACGGAUCUUCUCACCUUUCCUGGAUCUCCUAAGCAAGAUGAGUUUGUUAAGCCCCGCAAAGUGCUGAUUUUGGGUUCUGGUGGGCUCUCCAUUGGACAGGCUGGAGAAUUUGAUUACUCUGGCUCUCAAGCUAUUAAAGCUCUUAAAGAGGAAAAUAUCCAGACUGUUCUCAUCAACCCCAACAUUGCCACAGUGCAGACAUCCAAAGGCCUUGCUGACAAAGUGUACUUUCUACCAAUCACACCAGAUUAUGUCACACAGGUGAUAAAAAAUGAGCGUCCCGAUGGAGUGCUGUUAACUUUUGGUGGCCAGACAGCUCUAAACUGUGGAGUGGAACUAACCAAGCAGGGUGUGCUGGAGAAGUACAAUGUUAGAGUGUUGGGAACCCCAGUGGCAUCAAUUGAGAUGACUGAGGACAGAAAGAUAUUUGUUGAGAAAAUGGAGGAGAUCAGUGAGCACGUGGCACCAAGUGAGGCAGCAAUGUCUGUGGAACAGGCAGUGGCUGCUGCUGAGAGACUUGGUUAUCCAGUGCUGAUCCGUUCAGCAUUUGCAUUAGGUGGACUGGGCUCAGGAUUUGCUAACACUAAAGAGGAGUUGAUUAUGCUGGUCACGCAGGCCUUUGCCCACACAUCUCAAGUGCUGGUGGACAAGUCUCUCAAGGGCUGGAAGGAAAUUGAGUAUGAAGUUGUGCGAGAUGCCUAUGACAACUGUAUCACGGUUUGUAACAUGGAGAACAUAGACCCUUUAGGAAUUCACACAGGAGAGUCUAUUGUUGUGGCUCCUAGUCAGACGCUGAACGAUUACGAGUACAACAUGCUGAGAAAUACCGCCAUCAAGGUUAUUCGGCACCUCAGGAUUGUUGGCGAGUGCAACAUUCAAUAUGCACUCAAUCCAGAAUCAGAGCAGUACUACAUCAUUGAGGUUAAUGCCCGUCUUUCCCGGAGCUCUGCUCUUGCUAGUAAGGCCACAGGAUACCCUUUGGCUUAUGUGGCAGCUAAGCUUGGCCUAGGAAUUCCUCUCCCAGCUUUAAAGAACUUGGUGACCAACUCCACGACUGCCAACUUUGAGCCCAGUCUUGAUUACUGUGUGGUCAAGGUUCCCCGCUGGGACUUAAGCAAGUUUCUUAGAGUUAGUACCAAAAUUGGCAGCUCCAUGAAGAGUGUCGGAGAAGUGAUGGCCAUCGGACGCAGCUUUGAGGAAGCUUUCCAAAAAGCACUCAGGAUGGUGGAUGAGAACUCUGUUGGGUUUGACCACACUCUUAAUCCAGUAUCAGAGCAGGAGCUUCAGAUCCCUACAGACAAAAGAAUAUUUGUGCUUGCAGCUGCUCUCUACGACGGCUACAGCAUAGACCGUCUGUAUGAACUAACCAAAAUCGACCGCUGGUUUCUUUACAAAAUGAAAAAUAUCACAGAUCAUGGUAAGCUCCUAAAAUCAUUUAAUCAGGAUGAAAGUGCAAUGCCACCUGAAGUGAUGAGGAAGGCUAAGCAGCUGGGCUUUUCAGACAAGCAGAUUGCUCUUGCUGUGCAAAGCACCGAGUUGGCAGUAAGAAAACUGAGGCAUAAUUGGAAGAUUUUGCCUGUGGUAAAGCAGAUUGACACAGUGGCUGCUGAAUGGCCUGCAUACACCAACUACUUGUACCUGACCUACCAUGGAGUGGAGAGUGAUGUUACCUUUGAUGAAUCUCAUGUCAUGGUAAUUGGCUCUGGUGUGUACCGCAUCGGAAGCAGUGUGGAAUUUGACUGGUGUGCUGUUGGCUGCAUCAUGGAGCUUAGGAAGAUGGGUUACAAGACAAUAAUGGUAAACUAUAAUCCUGAAACUGUCAGCACAGACUAUGAUAUGUGCAACAGACUCUACUUUGAUGAAAUCUCAUUUGAGGUGGUGAUGGAUAUCUAUGAGAUGGAGAACCCAGAAGGAAUUAUUCUUUCCAUGGGUGGUCAGCUCCCCAACAACAUUGCCAUGUCUCUGCACAGGCAGCAGUGUCGCAUUCUGGGCACUUUACCAGAGUUCAUUGACUCUGCAGAAAAUCGUUUCAAAUUCUCCAGGAUGUUAGAUACUAUUGGAAUCAGCCAGCCACGUUGGAAAGAAUUGUCUGAUACAGAGUCAGCCAUGCAAUUUUGUGAGACUGUGGGCUACCCAUGCCUGGUGAGGCCAUCUUAUGUGCUUAGUGGAGCUGCCAUGAAUGUGGCCUACUCACAUAGUGAUCUUGAGAAAUACUUAAGUAGUGCUGUGGCUGUGUCUAAAGAGCAUCCUGUUGUCAUCUCCAAAUUCAUUCAGGAAGCGAAGGAGAUUGAUGUAGAUGCUAUAGCCUGUGAUGGAAUGGUCAUUGCUAUUGCCAUCUCAGAGCAUGUGGAAAAUGCUGGAGUCCACUCUGGGGAUGCUACUCUAGUCACUCCACCUCAGGACAUCAAUCAGAAAACCAUGGAGCGCAUUAAAUUAAUCGUACAUGCUAUUGGGCAAGAGCUGCAAGUAACAGGACCUUUUAACCUCCAGCUUAUUGCCAAGGAUGACCAGUUAAAGGUGAUUGAGUGCAAUGUGCGAGUCUCGCGUUCCUUUCCUUUUGUGUCAAAAACGUUGGGUGUUGACCUUGUGGCACUGGCAACACAGGUCAUUAUGGGACAGGAGGUUGAAGCUGUGGGACUCAUGAGGGGCAACGGCAUUGUAGGAGUUAAGGUUCCACAGUUUUCUUUCUCUCGACUGGCUGGGGCUGAUGUAGUGUUGGGGGUGGAGAUGACCAGCACUGGUGAGGUGGCCUGCUUUGGAGAAAACCGUUAUGAGGCGUACCUAAAAGCCAUGCUCAGCACAGGAUUCAAAAUCCCCAAAAAGAACAUCCUCCUUUCCAUUGGCAGCUACAAGAAUAAAAGUGAGCUGCUGUCGACAGUUAGAACAUUGGAGAGUCUAGGGUAUAACCUGUAUGCCAGUCUUGGCACUGCUGAUUUUUACUCUGAGCAUGGCAUUAAAGUAAAAGCCGUGGAUUGGCCUUUUGAAGAUGAAAGUGACUGUCCCAAUAAGGAGAAGCAAAGGAAUAUUAUUGACUAUUUGGAGGAGAACCACUUUGACAUGGUGAUCAACCUGUCCAUGAGAAAUGCAGGUGGACGACGCCUGUCUUCAUUUGUCACUAAAGGCUAUCGUACUCGUCGCAUGGCUGUUGACUACUCCGUCCCCCUUAUCAUAGAUAUCAAGUGCACCAAGUUGUUUGUUGAGGCACUGAGACAGAUUGGUCAAGCUCCUCCAAUCAAGACUCACAUUGACAGCAUGACCUCUCAGAAACUGAUUCGAUUACCUGGCCUUAUUGAUGUCCAUGUACACCUACGAGAACCCGGUGCCACCCACAAGGAAGACUUUUCCUCAGGCACAGCCGCUGCCCUGGCAGGGGGCAUUACAAUGGUGUGUGCCAUGCCUAACACCAAUCCAGCUGUCAUAGACCCCAGCUCUCUUGUUUUUGUCCAGAAGCUGGCAAAGGCUGGAUGCCGCUGCGACUACGCCCUGUACGUGGGGGCAGCUUCAGACAAUGCCACUAUUCUCCCGUCCAUUGCAAAUGCUACAGCUGGCCUAAAAAUGUACUUGAAUGAUACUUACUCAACAUUAAAGAUGGACAAUGUUUCUAUGUGGAUGGAGCAUUUUGAGAAGUGGCCAAAGCAUUUGCCCAUAGUGGCACAUGCAGAGAAACAAACAGUGGCUGCUAUUUUAAUGGUAGCACAACUGUACCAGAGACCUCUUCACAUCUGUCAUGUUGCGAAGAAGGAGGAGAUUCUAAUCAUCCGAGCUGCCAAGCAGAAAGGCAUCCAGGUCACAUGUGAGGUGGCCCCUCACCAUCUUUUUCUAUGUGAAGAUAAUUUGUCUGUCCUAGGGAAUGGCAGGGCUCAGGUACGGCCAAUGUUGGGCACCCGAGAGGACAUGGAGGCACUGUGGGAGAAUCUGGACAUCAUUGACUGUUUUGCUACUGAUCAUGCCCCUCACUCUUUAGAGGAGAAGAACUCUGAGAAGCCUCCACCUGGCUACCCGGGCCUUGAAACAUUGCUACCUCUUCUGCUUACUGCAGUCAGCGAAGGCCGUCUUACCAUCGAUGACAUUAUCAAACGUCUUUAUGAGAACCCAUCUCGAAUUUUCUCUCUUCCUGCUCAAGAGAAUACAUAUGUGGAGGUGGACUUGGAGCAAGAGUGGACAAUCCCAAAGCACAUGCAGUUCACAAAGUCGAAGUGGACUCCAUUUGAGGGCAUGAAAGUAAAGGGUAAAGUUAUGCGAGUGGUACUGAGAGGGGAGGUUGCCUACAUUGACGGACAGGUACUUGUUCCUCCUGGCUAUGGUCAGGAUGUGAAGACAUGGUCAUCAGCUCCAAAUGUUCCUGAAAUAACGAACGAUGUUCAAAAGACUCCUGAGAGACCCAGACAGGGUACACCUUGUGACUCCCUUCGAUCCCGAAUUCUAAGCCCACGCAGGUCAGCAGGAGACCGUUUCAUGCUUCCUCCUCGAGUUCAUCACACUUCCGACCCUGGUCUGCCACCAGAAGUGGUCCCUGCCACAGAGGCGUACACACAUCCACCUCCAUUUGCUAGAAUGUUAUCUCCUCAAACGGGCCAGCCUCAGGUGGUGUCUCAUCUCCAGACUUCACCUCUGUUACACCCAUUAGUGGGACAACAUAUCCUGUCUGUGCGUCAGUUUAACAAGGAGCAGAUGUCCCACUUAUUCAACGUGGCUCACACACUACGCCUGAUGGUUCAGAAGGAGAGGAGCCUGGACAUCUUGAAGGGUAAGGUAAUGGCCUCCAUGUUCUAUGAGGUGAGCACUCGUACCAGCAGCUCCUUUGCAGCGGCAAUGCAGCGGUUGGGUGGUUCUGUGGUGCACUUCAGUGAAUGCACCUCCUCCACUCAAAAAGGCGAGUCUCUGUCUGACUCUGUGCAGACUAUGAGCUGCUAUGCUGAUGUGAUUGUGCUUCGCCAUCCAGUUCCUGGAGCUGUAGAAAAAGCAGCAAAGCAUUGUCGGAGACCAGUAAUUAAUGCUGGUGAUGGUGUUGGAGAGCACCCCACCCAGGCCCUGCUUGAUAUCUAUACCAUUCGUGAGGAACUAGGUACUGUCAACGGCAUGACUAUCACAAUGGUGGGCGAUCUAAAGCAUGGCAGAACUGUUCAUUCUUUAGCCAGAUUGCUGACCCAGUACCGUAUUAACCUACGCUAUGUUUCCCCAAAAAACCUCAGCAUGCCUGCUGAGAUUGUUAAUUUUGUUGCUUCGAAAGGCAUAAAGCAGGAGGAGUUCAGCAGUAUUGAGGAGGCCCUUUCUGAAACUGAUGUACUUUACAUGACACGUAUUCAGAAGGAACGUUUUGCCUCUGAGGAGGAGUACAAAACUUGCUUUGGCCAGUUUGUCCUGACCCCUCACAUAAUGACAGGAGCCAAGAGGAAAAUGGUCGUCAUGCAUCCCCUUCCAAGAGUUAACGAAAUUAGUGUGGAGGUGGACACAGACCCCCGUGCUGCCUACUUCCGACAGGCUGAGAAUGGCAUGUAUGUCCGGAUGGCUCUGCUAGCCACUGUGCUAUGUCGAUAAAGCAAUUAUUGGGUCCAGGUGGAUAAAGAGAAUGCUAAUACAACACAUUUAUUACGUUCUGAUGGGUAAAACUUUCAUGUCACACUGCAUAUGUGACUGACUGUUAAAACAUUUAUUAAUAAUCGUUUAUACUUGUUUUUCAAAUAUUAAAUAAGCGUGCCCAGAAAUAAACCAGUUUUUGUCCAGUAGUGAACCAGUAAUAUCUAAAUUAGCAAUUAGUGCAUUGUGCACACAAGUACAAUGAUGACCAUUUUUACAAGAAUUUUGUCUAUUGCUUUGACAAUGUGAUUGAUUAACAACAGCUGGUUUAUAUAUUUGACUAAUAAAUUGUUCAUUAAUA